GUCAGUGCGCGUUGUGGCUUCGCCACGUGCUUCUCGCGGUCUUUGGCUACCCUAUACGAUCAAGACUAUGCAUCGGAAUUUUUUGACAUAUUCUUGCGCGAUCAAGAUAAAAAUAUUAUAUAAAAAUUAUUUUAUCUAACGCAUUUAAGUAGUUCUGAGAAUAUCGGGAGCACUUUUGCUAUUAUCAUGAAUUUGUGUUUCAAAAUGUCAACAACUCAAACAUGUGCGCUUGUAAUAUCUUAUGUGAAUUUCGAUUCGUGCGAUUUUAUUUGAAAAUAACAUCUGUUCAGCUGUACAUUUACAAUAACUUAUACGGUAUUUAUUUUUCAAUUCUUACUAAUAUUAUAUAGUGGCGAAUUGCUAUUAGUGCGAAAUAUCGAAUGACUCUGUUGUUAAAUCAAAUUAAUGAACAAGUUCUUGCACGAAGAAAGCGAAAAUCCGAACUCAUGAAACCAACAUCAUGAAGUCAAGAGUCCUGCUCGUCCUAGCCAACUUUAUUACUUCUACCUUUUUAGCGAGUGCAAAUGCAAAAACUUCUGUCAGGCAGCGAACGCAAAGCAACAAUCAUAGUAACAUUAGUGACCUAUUAGAUAAUCUACUUCGUGGUUACGACAACAGCAUUAGACCAGACUUCGGCGGGCCCCCGGCUACUGUUGAGGUCGAUAUUAUGGUACGCAGCAUGGGUCCCAUUUCCGAGGUGGAUAUGACAUACUCAAUGGACUGUUACUUCCGGCAAUCGUGGGUCGACAGACGUUUAGCAUUUCAAGGUGGCAAGGAAACGCUCGCUCUGAGUAUUUCUAUGUUGGCGAAGAUCUGGAAGCCCGAUACGUAUUUCUACAAUGGCAAGCAUAGUUACCUGCAUACGAUCACCAGCCCGAAUAAGUUCGUCAGACUUUAUCAGAACGGCAGAGUACUUUACAGUUCCAGACUUACGAUCAAAGCAGGAUGUCCGAUGAAUCUCGAAGAUUUUCCGAUGGAUACACAGAAAUGUCCAUUACAAUUUGGCAGUUUUGGCUAUACAACACGUGACGUAAUCUACAAAUGGAACAGCGCAAGACAGGUCGCUAUUGCAGAGGAUAUGAAACUGUCGCAAUUUGAUCUGGUCGCCAAUCCCACUGCAAAUCACUCAACUGCAUCAGGUUUCUCGCAUGCGGAAUACUCGAUACUUUUGGUGUACUUCCACUUGCAAAGACACAUGGGUAACUUCCUAAUACAAGUAUAUGGUCCUUGCGUCCUGCUAGUCGUCUUGUCUUGGGUCUCAUUCUGGUUAAACAGAGAAGCUACCGCCGAUCGAGUGUCGCUAGGCAUAACUACUGUAUUAACAAUGACGUUCUUAGGACUCGAAGCAAGAACCGAUUUGCCUAAAGUUCCUUAUCCUACCGCUCUGGAUUUCUUCGUUUUUCUCUCAUUCGCAUUCAUCUUCGCCACUAUAAUACAAUUCGCAGUGGUGCAUUAUUUCACCAAAUACGGAUCGGGAGAGUGUUACUUUAGUUCUGAUCUAAGCGACACUGAAAGUUCGAGCGAAGAAGAAGAUGUAACUAGAAGGUUAAUGAAAAAUCAAUCGGCUCGCCGCCUGAAAAAUUCCGCGAAUUCUAGUGCGCGAGGACGUAGCAACCGCAACUUUGCGAUAAAUGGCGACAGUAUGAUCGAAGUGAUACCAUUGUCAGCAAUUUCGAUACCCGAUAGGGAUCCAGCGAUAACUGGACACUGGCAGAUAUCUUGCGUAACCUGCAGCCCACCGCCACGACAAAUGCCGCCACCGCCACCAUCAUCCAGACGAACAACGUCGUCCACGUCGUCCAGGAGACGACAUCGACGAACACCUAGAUACAAUUCGGUAUCAAAGAUUGACCGUGUCAGUCGUGUAAUGUUUCCUUUCUUUUUCCUGACUAUCAAUCUCUUCUAUUGGUACGCAUAUCUCUCGCGCAGUGAACGGAUUCAUUACUACAACUCCAACAUCGCGUGAUAGGAUCUCCUUCUUCAAACAAAAUUGUAAAGAUUACAAAUUGCUAGCUAAAAAAGCCAACUGUCUAAUUUUCCUCCAAUAUUAAAGAAAAGGCGAAUCUUCUCGUGAAUUCGCGUAUAAAAUUAUGGUCCGAUUUUAUCUCAAACCAAAAAGUGACAAGAUUUUAUUUGGAAAAGAUUAAAAUUUGAAAGGAUAAAAUUCUGGAUAAAAGAUAAAAAUUUGUUGACAAUAAAUGUUUGAUAAAAUAUUGACGUCAUAUUAACGUCCAUUCCAAAGACGAAUAUGGAGAAAAUAAUUAAGUGAUACCAGCAUAAAGUACAUUGCAAGAACUAAACGUGUUUUCUUAAGAAAAAUUUAAUAAAUAAGUAAAGCAAA